AUGGUCUUAGUGGAACUGUUCAAUCUUUAUGCUUCUAGCUCGAUUGUGCUACAUUUGCAUCAGGUGAUAAGUCCAUUCGGUAAUGGGAUUUUUAGACAGGAUAAACAAAAGCAAAAUUCGAUGGUUAUAAUGGAAGAGUUCUCCCAGUUUGUUUUUCUCCUGAUGGGAAUAUACUAGUAUCAGGUAGUGAUGAUAAGUCUAUUCAUUUAUGAUAUAUUAAGACAAGAUAAUAAAUUCGACCUUUUUAUAAUAAUUAUGAAGAAAUUUUAGCAUUAUUCAAAAUCCCCUAUCAAUAUAAAAUUCUCUUUUGGAGGAUAAUAUUUAUAUUUUAAACUUAUUUAGUCACCAAGAAUAUUUCUAUUCUUCUUAUAUCUCAAUAGGCAAAAAAGAGAAUUUAUUAGUUAAUCAGAUAUUGAUUUAAAAAAAUUAUUUUAACAAAAAGGAGGUUUCAAUUUGGAAAGUUCAUUAGAAUUAAAUUAACGAUGA